GCUACUUAGUCCACCCUUUGGUGACAGCUAGGUGGCUAACUUCAAAAGCUACAUCUAGCCAUGCUAACAGCCAGGGGUAGCAAUAGAUAGCCAAGUUGUUAGCAUCUUUGGCACUCGUUUGCAUGUAAGGUAACAUUGCCGAUGGGGUUGAGGUGAUAUUUGAUGACACCACCGUCCUUACUCAUUCGGCAGCUCCUUGUGAAAGACCUGAAACACGACUUAGCGAUUACUUCCGUUGCCGUUUUGACGUUAGGUACCAGGGAGGACGUCUAGCUGCAAUUGUGUAUUUUGUGACCCAGCUCUUGUGCAGCCAUGGAGAAGCCCUGGAGGCUGUGGGGGGCGAUGGAGCGAUGCACCCUGACUCUGGUGUCCUGGUCCUGGGGGGCCUGCCGAGUUUCCCUCCUGGCUCUCAUCCUCACCUUCCACCUCUACGGAGGCUUUUUCCUCCUUGCUCUCAUCCUCGCCUCUGUAGCAGGCAUCCUCUACAAGUUUCAGGAUGUGCUUCUCUACUUUCCCGACCAGCCUUCCUCCUCUCGCCUGUACGUUCCGAUGCCAACAGGAAUCCCCCAUGAGAAUGUUUACAUUCGCACCAAGGACGGUGUGAAGCUGAACCUCAUCCUCCUUCGUUACACAGGAGGGGAUUCGUCUUCUGGCGUCACCUCCAACAAUCAGAGCAGCCCCACAUCCUGUGCUCCUCCCACGAUCCUUUAUUUCCACGGUAACGCAGGUAAUAUUGGUCACAGGGUGCCAAACGCCCUUCUAAUGCUGGUCAAUCUAAAAGCAAACGUGGUGCUUGUUGAUUACCGCGGCUAUGGAAAAAGCGAGGGAGAGCCAUGUGAAGACGGGCUGUACCUGGAUGCCGAAGCGACGCUGGACUAUGUCAUGACCCGCCCGGACCUGGACAAAACAAAAGUGGUACUCUUCGGUCGCUCAUUAGGAGGCGCUGUGGCUGUGCGUCUGGCAUCAGUCAACCCCCAUCGUGUCGCGGCCAUCAUCGUUGAAAACACCUUCCUCAGCAUCCCUCACAUGGCUUCAACACUCUUCUCCUUCUUGCCAAUGCGCCUGCUGCCCCUCUGGUGCUAUAAGAAUCAGUUUCUGUCCUAUCGACAGGUGGCGCUGUGCCGCAUGCCUUCGCUGUUUGUGUCGGGUCUGUCGGACCAGCUCAUCCCGCCGGUGAUGAUGAAGCAGCUGUACGAGCUGUCCCCUGCACGGACUAAGCGGCUGGCAAUCUUCCCGGAGGGCACGCACAACGACACGUGGCAGUGUCAGGGCUACUUCGCUGCUUUGGAGCAGUUCAUGAAAGACCUGCUGAAGAGCCACGCCCACGAGGAAAGUGCUCAGCCCUCAGCCAGCGUCACCAUUAUCUGAUAAAACAGUCCGGACUGGAUCAAAAGAGCUAAUUCACCGAACUUAAUAGAUUUUUUUUUUUUUUUUUGGGAAUGAAUGUACAUUUUUUUUAAUGCAUUUGUGUUUUUGAUUUUAUUUCACUCUUUCUACUUUUCUGUAAAUUUGAUAUGCUAAAAUAUUUUCACUAUUUCAAGGGUGGAGGCGAUGGUAAGAUCUCCCUGGGAUUUAUUUUUUUUUCUGUUCUGUUUCAGAUAUGACAGCAUGCGUCUCUGACUUUUCUAUGAUUGAAGCCGGAGCAGCAUAGUUGCUAACGUCACAUGAUGUGCUGAAACCACAGAAGAGUUUUUCCAGUGCCGGUGUGUUGACAUUUCUACGAAUCAGCUGAUCGUGUUUUAACAGAAUAUUGACCAUUAACAACCCACCGGUGGUAGUAUCAAAACACAAAUGACAAAAACACAAAUGUGUCUAAUUUUGUAAAUUAGGGUGCCGUGUGGAGGUAUGAUGUAAAUAUAUUUGUUAAUCAACUGCACUUUCUGUUCGGAUUUACCUAAAACUUUCUUUGUGUGGGCUGACAUGAGGAGUAUGAGGAUGUACCCUCCCUUGUUGUUCUUGUGUGUGCAGCAGCUUGGCAUGUCACCACACACUCCUGAUGAAUAUUUAUGCGCAUCUUCAGAUUUGGCCUGCCACAUUAAAAUAAAGAGAAGCGGCUACAUAUCUAUCAUUAGCUGGCAUAGAAGAAGUGCCGAGUAAUGUAAAGCGAGCCCAUUUCCUGUCAAACUGCUUCUUGAUUUGAGAUGAGGAGCUGCUGUUUUCUCAAGUCCUGUCAAAAUACAGACGCAUCUAAAUGACUUAGAAUGCCAUAAAAAGUUUAAUUUGGCUCUCAAAAGUCAAAAUCAUGUAUAUCUAUUAUAUAACAGUACUUUUAUUUGAGUUGUUUUUAUUUCUCCUAAUUUAGUUGUGUAUGGCUUACAGCUAAUUUAAACUUUAAAGUUGUUUUCUCAGAAAAUGAGAACUUUACAAAAGACUAAUAAAAUGGGGGAAACAACAGAUCACUGAAAGUGUCCAUGUACUGUAGUAUGUAUGCUCUCAGUACUUAGUUGGGCCUUCUUUUGCAUGAAUUAGUGCAGCAUGGCAUGAAGGUGAUGAUCUAGUGGCUCUGCUGAGGUGUUACAAAGCCCAGGUUGCUUUAAUAGCAGCCUUCAGCCCUUCUGCAUUGUUGGUCCUGGUGUCUCAUCAUUUUUUGUAUAAUAAUUUGUUGAAUAUCUGUGUGGUUUGGGUCAUUCACUAGCCUGACAACCACAGUCAUGCCAUCGUCGAUAAAUGAGCUACUUUAGACAAAUCUAGACAGGUGUCAAGUCCUGCUGGAAAAUUAAAUCAGUAGCUAUGUGAAGCUUUUUAGCAUGAGGAAGUAAGAAGUAAUUUCCAAUUAAACAUCUGUGCUCGACCAACCACCAGUAGAUGACAUGUUUCCAUAAAUCAUCACAGACUGAAAACCUCACUCUGAACCUCUAGUAAGUUGAAUUCUGUACCUCCCCACUCUUCAUCCAGAUUCAGGAAUGUUAUUUUCCAGAUGGUUGUACCACUGAAAGCCAGGCCAAUCUGUUUUCAUCUUAACCCGGGUAAGAUGAUUCUGGCAUCUUGUUCAGGAGUGGACGAACACAACCAACGCAACACUUGUAGGCCCUGUCCUCGAUGCGUCUUCAGGCUCUGCCUCAAACAGCAGUCCAAACUUUGUGAAUCACCUCCAAAGUUCUUCCUUCCUCUCAACUUUCAGUGUAUAUGACUGGAUACUGCCCUCUGUGAGACAAUAUCUUUAGGAAAGACGCUUUGCGUGCUAGCAUCCUUCUGGACAGUGUUAAAGACUGCUGGACAGCAGUCAGAAGUCCCCAUAUGUCAUAGCAUACAACUCCUGUAUUAAUGGUUGCCUUUUAUUGGUCUUGAGUGAAACAAUUGUUUUCUGAGAAGAUUCAUUUGGAGUUUUUAAAAGCUGUGAGCCAUAGUCCUCAGAAGUGAAUGCUUAAAAUUAAUCACUUUGUUUCACAUUUUGGAUUCAAUUAUGGAAAGAAAUUGUUUUUUCUUUUGAAAAUAUUCAGAUGUGCUGAGAUGCGCCCGUACAACUAGCCCACGGAGGAGUUGUAAAAAUGAGUUUUAGUCGAUACGCAGCAGGUAACGCGUUGCUUUGCUUUCUGUGGUUUGAAGCAGAUUUGGUUUCUACGGUAAUCCUCUUGGCCCGUUUGGGGAUUAGGUCACUUAAGUCAAUCUUUUGGAGAUGAUUAGUUACAAAAUAACCAGAUAUUUUUAUUUACACCUCGUGGUGAAACAAUGACAUGUCAUCCACGUUGAAGAAUAAUGAAACACCCUGUUAGUGUUCCAGUCUGCUGCAGAUCAUUGACCAACUGCAACAGGCUAGAUUUUAGCAGAAGAAUCCUAAGAACUAUAUUUUCGUUUUAAUUUCUGUUUCGCUACGUUUAUUUUUCUUUUAAACAGACUGGCCAGUUCAGCUGGGGGUUUCCAGUAAUCAACCACGUUCUUUCCCCUUAAACCAUACCAAGUAUAUGCUGCAGUGUUUUUCUUGUAAUAAAGUGUGUUCAUGGGGGGUCAGCCCCAUUCAGCACUGGAAAUAAAGUGUGAGCGUUUUUAGUCUAAUGUUGUGAUUAUUUAUGAUCUAUUAUCCUUUGCAUUUUAAUUGUUAAUUGAAGGAUCCCCCCCCGCUGCUGUGGCAAAAUGGCUUCUCUCUCUUGGGGAGGACUUUUAAUGAGCUAAUUAACCUUUCCUUCGUGUCUUCCACAGGAUGGGGCUAAAACCUGAAGAUUAAAAUGCUAUUAUCCACUGUUGCUUUCUGAAUGCAGGACACUGUACUGCAGUGGUUGGAAAGCCAUUUAAAUACUUUAAAUAGUGCUCGGCCAUAGUGGGUAAAAAAAGUGGGGAGAAAAAAAAAGAGUGACAACAGCUAAACUUGCGUCUUUUGAUGCAAAUCCAACUUGAAAAUGAUCUGCAGGCCACUAUGAAUGUCAGGUGGCGGUCUUAAAAUAAAAUGCAUUGUAAUGGAUUGUGUAAUGGCAUUCCUUCCUCCCAAUUCAAUGACUUCUUACCACUGGUUGCACUAAACGGUUUUAGGCAUUUUUGUAUUAUAUCAAAUCGGCAUACUGAUUUUGCGCAGUCUUUAGCUCCGUGAACAUACACUCAUUUCCCAUCAGCUUUGUUUCAAAUGUUUCUGCUGAUUGUUACAUGUUUUCCUUCAUGAAAACAUGCAGGAACAUGUCUUUCUCUCAUUUGUUGUGUCAUCUUCUGCUUUAAAGCUACUUUCAUGAGUAUAAGGCUGAGUUUAUGUCGUAGCCAGAUAUAGCUUUCUUAACAAACAAUACAUGAAUGUCUUUUCAUUUCUUUUAUAGGUGUGCAAAGCCACUUUGGGGGGGUAUUUUUCUAUGUUCGCCUGGCUGUGAAGCUAUCAGAUGAUUGCUGUUGGAAAAUGUUGACAUGAUUUGAGAUUUUAAGAGUUGAUUUUGCAAGCUGGCAUGUGUUUACAUUGAGUCUUGGCAAGCUUCCUGAAUGAACGUGCACAGUGUUGAAAUAGUUUGUUUACACGCACCUUGACUUUAAACCACUUUAAAGAACCAUUGAUGAGACAUGUGAAUGAGCUGGUUUUUAGCGUUGGAGAAAAGCCGUCGCUUGGACUGACUUUCCAUUUCAGAGCCAUGCAUCUUUUCUAUUUCUUUUAACUUCUUUUGUAAGCACACAUUUUCACUUUCUAUUUUCUGUAUUGUAACACGCAAUAAAUUGAUACAGUAAAAUCA